AUGUCAAUAGUUCGUUCCUCCGUCCAUGCCAAAUGGAUCGUGGGGAGGGUGAUUGGGACAGCAAUGCAAAAAACUGCCAAAGUGAGAGUGACCAGGCUUGUUCUGGAUCCCUAUUUAUUAAAGUAUUUCAAUAAGCGAAAGACGUACUUUGCUCACGAUGCUCUGCAGCAGUGCACUGUUGGGGACAUCGUGCUUCUUAAAGCCUUACCCGUACCACGCUCGAAACACGUGAAACACGAACUUGCUGAGAUCGUCUUCAAGGUUGGAAAAGUCAUAGACCCAGUGACGGGAAAGCCCUGUGCAGGAACUACCUACCUGGAGAGUCCAAUCAGUUCGGAGGAGCCCACUCACCUAACCGAACGUCUGGAAGAGCUGACUGUCUCCCCAGCGCAGUAA